CGCUCGUUCGCUCGCUCCUCGGAACAGAAUGUCAUGUUUCCAUUGUCCCUGCACGGUAUCAUUAAGGGGUGCACACUCACUCUCCAAAAGCUGCAUUUGUUUUUCUGGUUUCAGAAUGGGUGGCAUGUGGGAGCUUCCAUAACUUCUUCAGAGUGUGAAUAAAAUACUUUUGCCAUCAUGCCAACUGUGGUUCUUAUGGACGCGUCACUGUCCAUGACACGGCCUGUGUCACUGGAAGGCAGCGAGGAGUUUCAGCGGAAGAACCUGGCUGUCCAUGGCCUGACCAUGCUAUUUGAACACAUGGCCACAAAUUACAAGUUGGAGUUCACUGCACUUGUCGCCUUUUCAUCCCUUUGGGAGCUCAUGGUGCCUUUCACCAGGGACUACAACACUCUACAGGAGGCCUUGAGCAAUCUGGAGGACUAUGAUAAAACCUGCCUGGAGUCAGCACUGCAGGGAGUCAGUAACAUUGUGCAGCAGGAGUGGGGCAGCACCUGUCCCUGCCAGGUGGUGUUGGUGACUGAUGGAGCUCUUGGUAUUGGUCGUGGUUCUCUGCGCCACUCCCUGGCCACUCUGAAACAACGGGGAGAGGACAAGAAGUUUCCCCUACCCUUCCCUUUUCCCUCCAAGCUCUACAUCGUGUGUAUCGCCAAUGCAGAGGAGCUCCAAGCCACUGAUGCCAUGGACAAUUUGGAGCAGCUUCUCACAUUAAGUGGUGGAGAGGGACAGAUUUUUACUAUGGAUGGACCACUAUGUCUGAAAAGUGUUCAAGCAAUGUUUGGAAAGUUGAUUGACCAGGCAUACAUGCCUUUCCAUGCCGUGCUGCGCUGUGGGAAUCUAGCAUCUGAUGUGCAGGUGUUUCCCAGGCCAGAACCUGUGCUGUUGGAUGAGGAGCUUGACCCGGUACCAAAAACAGUGCACACAGAGUUGGAGAUUGUGGGGUUUAUUGAGAUUGGUGAUAUUGCCAGUCCUCCAGUCCUGUCUAGACACCUGGUCCUACCCAUAGCUGUUAACAAAGAGGCAGAUGAAUUGGGAGCAGGGGCUGCUGAUGAAAUGGAAGAGGAGACGUCAACCAAUCAGAUGGCAGGAAAGAGCCCAAAUUUUUGUGUCCUCCUGCAUGGCAGUCUGAAAGUGGAAGGCAUGGUGGCCCUUGUACAGCUGGGGCCUGAUUGGUUCGGGAUGCUCUACUCACAGGCAGAUAGUAAGAAAAAGUCAAAUCUGAUGAUGUCGAUUUUUGAGCCUGGCCCAGAGCCUCUACCGUGGCUGGGGAAAAUCUCUCAACUUGGACCUAUUUCAGAUGCACCAGAAAAUCCUUAUGGAGAGGAUGAUAGCAAAAGCCCUUUCCCUGUCCUACCCAAAAGCAAACGCAGCUAUGCCCAAAAUGUCACAGUCUGGAUCAAGGCCAGUGGACUGCAGACAGAUGUACAGAAAAUCCUUCGAAAUGCAAGAAAACUUCCAGAGAAAACGCAAACCUUCUACAAGGAGCUGAACCGGCUGCGUAAAGCUGCUCUAGCAUUUGGUUUCUGGGACUUGUUAAAAGGUGUAGCUGAGCUUUUGGAAAGGGAGUGCACCUUAUUGCCUGACUCUGCCCAUCCGGAUGCUGCCUUCCAGCUGUCUCACGCUGCCCAACAACUCAAACUGGCUAGUAGUGGAGACCCCAAAUAUGCAGCUUUCGAUCAUGUAAUCACCCCCAUGCUCACUGACUUCUCAGGGGGAGGAAGUGGGACUGACAGGAUGUAGGUGAAAUAAAGUCUCCUGCAUAAAAACCUUUAAAUGUCACUGGAACCUGCUUUGCUCCUCAUUGCCUUUUCAACUGUGAAGAGGCUGACAAUAUUGCAAUAAGAUCCUGGAUUGUUUCAUUUCUACAAGUUAAAUCUUAGGAAUAGAUAAGGAGCUAUGAAUUUUGUGGCACAGGAACCACUGAUUCAUGGCAUGCCUUUUGUACUUGGAUGUAUCCUUGAAAGAAACUUGUUUAUCAAGAAACUAUUUCUCAGUAAGUAUUAGUUUUUUUGUGUACAUAGCAUUUUCUACAACAAUGACCCAAACGAAAUAAAAGUGUGUCUCACAUUUGUAA